UGGAGCUGCGCCUGCGCAAGUCAUUGGCGCCAAGAUGGCGUUGGAGAUGAGGCUCCCUAGGGCUCGCAAACCUCUCAGUGAGAGCUUGGGCCGCGAUUCUAAAAAACAUUUGGUAGUGCCAGGGGACACGAUCACCACGGAUACAGGCUUCAUGCGGGGCCAUGGAACAUACAUGGGGGAGGAAAAGCUCAUUGCGUCAGUGGCCGGCUCUGUGGAGAGAGUGAACAAGCUGAUCUGUGUCAAAGCCUUGAAAACCAGAUACAAUGGAGAAGUCGGAGACAUUGUGGUGGGGAGGAUUACUGAGGUCCAACAGAAGAGGUGGAAGGUGGAGACCAACUCCAGGCUGGACUCCGUCCUGCUCCUCUCAUCCAUGAACCUACCUGGGGGAGAGCUGAGGAGAAGGUCGGCGGAGGAUGAGCUGGCCAUGAGAGGCUUCUUACAAGAAGGCGACCUCAUCAGUGCGGAAGUCCAGGCUGUGUUCUCCGAUGGAGCUGUUUCUCUGCACACGAGGAGCCUGAAGUACGGAAAGCUAGGUCAGGGGGCUUUAGUCCAGGUCUCUCCUGCCCUGGUGAAAAGACAGAAGACCCAUUUCCAUGACUUGCCAUGCGGUGCCUCAGUGAUUCUGGGUAACAAUGGUUUCAUCUGGAUCUACCCGACACCCGAGCACAAGGACGAGGAGGCAGGGGGCUUCAUUGCCAACCUGGAGCCGGUAUCCCUUAGUGAUCGAGAGGUGAUCUCCCGGCUCCGGAACUGUAUAGUCUUGCUGGUAACUCAGAGAAUGAUGCUGUACGACACCAGCAUCCUGUACUGCUACGAGGCCUCCCUUGCACAUCAGGUACUCCACCCAGACUCCUCCCUGCAUGUGAGCCGCUUCUGUGUUUCUUCAGUGUUCCACUUUCCUUCCCAUACCCAGUGGCUGGAACUGACCUGGAGACGACCUUAACGAGUCUUGCCACCUUCCUGAGAUAUUUCCAGUAUUUUCAGUGUCUAGUCUCAUUCCAGGAAUUUAAUUUAUCAUAGGAUGCCAGAUAGGAUAUUUUUUAAAAACAUAAUAGCUUUCUACUCUUAUCAUCCCUGUCCCAAAAUUCAGCCAUCUUCUUCUUCUUGAUUUUUUUUUUUUUAAGUUCACAGAAGGAUUUUUCUUAAAAAAAAAAAAAAUUAUGUGGGGGCUGGAGAGAUGGCUCAGCAGUUAAGAGCACCCGACUGCUCUUCCAGAGGUCAUGAGUUCAAUUCCCAGCAACCACAUGGUGGCUCACAACCAUCUGUAAAGAGAUCCGAUGCCCUCUUCUGGUGUAUCUGAAGACAGCUACAGUGUACUUAUAUAUAAUAAAUAAAUAAAUCUUGGGCUGGAGAGAUGGCUCAGCGGUUAAGAGCACCCGACUGCUCUUCCAGAGGUCCUGAGUUCAAUUCCCAGCAACCACAUGGUGGCUCACAACCAUCUGUAAGGAGACCCGAUGCCCUCUUCUGGUGUGUCUGAAGACAGCUACAGUGUACUUAUAUAUAAUAAAUGAAUAAAUAAAAAAAAAAUAAAUAAAUCUUAAAAAAAAAUUA